CUUUCAACAGCAUCAUUUUACAAUACAGAGUGAGACAGGAGCUGACUCCGUUUUCCAGGCAACAGUCCUUCUUCUAACACUGGACGUGGAGACCCCACUCCCAGCACCGUUGGGCGCACCGCCCCUUCCUCUGCGCAUGCGCAAGCUGCAGUCCUGCUCCUGGUCCAUCCCUGGCCUCGCGUCCCUCCUGGGAAACAAUUCCUGGCCUUCGGCUCCGAGCACUGCGGGAGCGGCGGCUGCUACUACUUCUUGUACAGGGAAUACCUGCAGUGGUCACAGGGAGCCCACCCUCGCUGGGGGCCUUUGGAUUGCUCCUUAGGGCUCAGUGUUUGGAGUGGAAGAGGAAAGUGGUUAGCUAGCCACCAAGCCUCCUGCCCUCCUCACACACCCGGGAUCCCAGUUCUGAAGUUGGUACUCGCUCAUGUGUUUUGUGUAAUGACACAGUAUCCUGAAACCAUGGAAGACUGUGUGCUCGCCGAAAGUCUGGGACAAGUUUAAGGAGAGAGGUGAGCUGGAGUUGAGAGAGAUAUGUGCAACCAGGCUGCACAUGGAAUGCCAUUUCUUGGAAAAACGAUUGGGGGUGAAAGGCUCACCAGCCACAGGUCCGGAAUUGCUGUCAGCGCCCCUACCUACACAUCUUAUGCAUCCCUCCUACUUUGUUGAUUGUAGAGGGGCGGUCCCUUAGACUGACUGUAAGGUGUAAAGCUGGCAUGUAGGGAGACGCUCUUCUGGCCCUAUAUUCCCUUCAGGCAGUAGUGUAGAUGGGUCAUGAAUCUUAGCAUCUUGCAGGGUUUUAGUGGCACAACCAAGGCCUGCAGAUGGUUCUACAUUUUGUCUCUUUGAGGUGGAAGUUUCUUAUCAAGCGAUCGUUUUGAGAAUUGUAAGCAAGCAACUUGGAAUGUAAGCAAGUGCAUUUUGAAAUUUUUAUCUUGCCUUAAAAGCCCCGUUCGUUUUCUUGACUUAUCUGACUUCAAGGGAUUAAUGGUGUUAGAUUAACAAUACCUCCUGAUUCCCAUCCCCCCACUCGGCAUCCCCUACUCCGCAUCCCCUCAUCCUCCUUGAUUAUCAGUCUGGGCAAGUCCAUAAAAGAGCCUUUCCUCCUUUAGAUUAUCAUUUGUUGAUUGUCUCAUCUUUUUAAUUUCCCUGUAAGUUGGGUACUAAUGAGAAACAAGUGUUUGCAUUCAUUCAGUGCAAAGUAUCUAAACUCAACUUAUGUUAGAGCCACACCUGAAGAAGUAACACCUUGCUUGGAGCUGCACGCAGGGCAGACCAAGUCUCUCCUGACGUCAUUCUUCCUUCUCCCUCAGCUUUCCCUCCUCCACUCAGAGCAGAAAAUGAACAAAUCCCAGGAGCAAGUGUCAUUCAAGGAUGUCUGCGUGGAUUUCACCAAGGAAGAGUGGUAUUUGCUGGACCCCGCCCAGAAGGUGCUCUACAGAGAUGUGAUCCUGGAGAAUUAUAGCAACUUUGUCUCAGUAGGGCAUUGUGUUACUAAACCAGAUGUAAUCUUCAAGAUAGAGAAAGGAGAAGAUCCCUGGAUACCAGAAAAUGGAUUCCAGUGCCACCCAGAAAGGAAAUGGAAAGUGGACAGCCUAUUAGAAACCAAACAGGAAAAUCAAGAUGGACAUAUUUGGCCACUCACACUCACCAACAAGAUCACAAAUCUAGAGAGCGGAGUUACCACAAGAAACACUUCCAGUCCACACAUUGAUUCUGUUUCUUCAAGAAGUUUUCUGCUCAAAGUAUGUGACUCAUGUGAAAUGAAUUUAAAGAAUAUUUCAGCUAUAAUUAUUAGCAAAAAGAACUAUUCCAGAAAGAAGCUUAAUGAGUUUAAUAUAUAUAAGAAACCACUCCCUGAUAGAAGGCAUGAGAAAAUUCCUGUAGGGACAAAGUCAUGUCAGUACGAUGGGGAAAGGGAUGGCCUCUGCCUUUGCCAGGAUCUCACUCGGCCAGUUCCUGAUCACCCUUUUGAGUAUAAUGAAGCAGGACAAGUGGAAGUGGCCCUUUGUACAAGUCAGAACUCUCAGCUAGGGGAGACACUAUAUAAGCACACUGAAUGUGGAAGCACUUUCAUUGACAGUUUGAAGCUCAGUGUAUCUCAGAAAACUCGUUUGCAUAUGGAGCCUCAUGAAUGCAGUAUUUGUAGGAAGUCCUUCUAUGUGGAUUUACAGUUUGGACAUCAGAGAGCUCUGUCAGGAAACAGUCCUUAUGAACAUAAUGAAUAUGAGAAGCUCUUCUGUGACCGCUCAGCGUUCAUUGUUCACCAGGAAGCUUACACAAGAAAGAUCGCCCAGGAGUAUAGGGUGAGUAACAGAACUUGGGGAAAGCCAGCUCUCUUUAAACAUCAGAUAACACAGAUGGGGGGAAAAUCCUAUGAAUACCAUGAAAAUAGGAAAAUUUUCAGCAAAAAAUCACAUCCUACCCAGUCUCGAAGACCUCAUGUGGGAGAAAAAACAUUUGAAUGUGGUGAAUGUGGGAAAAUGUUUUGGGAGAAAUCGAACCUUACCCAGCAUCAGAGAACACACACCGGAGAGAAACCAUAUGAGUGUACGGAGUGUGGGAAAGCCUUCUGCCAGAAGCCACACCUUACCAACCAUCAGCGGACACACACGGGAGAGAAACCCUAUGAGUGCAAGCAGUGCGGAAAAACGUUCUGUGUCAAGUCAAACCUUACUGAACAUCAAAGAACACACACUGGGGAGAAACCCUAUGAAUGCAACGCAUGUAGAAAAUCCUUCUGCCACCGGUCAGCCCUAACUGUCCAUCAGAGAACACAUACAGGAGAGAAACCAUUUGCAUGCAGUGAAUGUGGGAAGUCAUUUUGUGUGAAGUCAAACCUGAUUGUACAUCAGAGAACUCAUACAGGGGAGAAACCCUAUAAGUGCAAUGAGUGUGGGAAAACCUUCUGUGAGAAAUCAGCGCUCACUAAACACCAGAGAACUCACACAGGGGAGAAACCCUACGAGUGUAACGUGUGUGGGAAGACCUUCAGUCAGAGGUCAGUACUCACCAAGCAUCUGAGAAUCCACAUGAGGGUGAAAGCCCUCCUAGCAUCCUGAAUGUUUAGCUUUUGCAUGCCAGUCAAGUCAGUUAUACAGUUUUAAAAGUGAGACUAGAGCCUGCCAAAGAAUACCACAGAGUACUAGAAAAUACCAUUUUGUUGGAAUGCAUGAGAGCUUACAAGAAAAUAAAAACUUUCAUUUGAAAGAUUGUAUUGAAGGGAAAUUAUUCAUAUAAAUAAUAUGGUAAAAAAAAAACCUUAGAAAAUAAAUUGUGUAAUGUCUUCCAAAUGUGUUUCAAAAUUGUAUUUUAAAUAUAAUGGCUUAUAUUAAUUUUACUUGUAUUCAUAGGAAAGUAUGAAAUUUAAAAAUGAGUGUCUACAGCAUUAACCAUACAUGUAACGAACAUCUGGUAUUUAUAGGCCAUGUGUGAGUAUGUUAAUGUAACAGAAGUCUAGGAAACCCUUGAUUUAUGUAUUGGAACCCAGAGAUGAUGUGAGGAAGAAUAUGAACCCUUAGUUUAAUAACUGUUAUGGUAUACUUUCCAUACUUAAUACCACCAGCGUUUUUAUAGGUUGAUAGGAUUAUGUAUGUUUCUGAACAUAUUUGUGAAUGUGAUCUAGAUGCAUAUAUAUGUAUAUAUAUAUACAUAUAUAUGUGUGUAAAUAUACUUGUAUGCAUGUUCCUGUACACAAAUGGUGUUGUCAUAAAGGCAGCUCAUACCACUUUAAAGUGCUGAUGAUUGUUAAAAUGUCAGGAAUUUUGUGGAUCACUUGCUUACUAUUACAUGAAAUUGCAGUUAAAUUAUACUGAGAGCAAAGGAAAUAAAUAGCACUUGUCAUUCCUAACACUUGGCUGUAUUUACUGUUCUCUUUGCUGUGUACCAUUGGUCUCCAUGCUAAGAGUGCUGUAGUUCACUACUGCAUAGUUCCUUCAGAUCCCCUCCUACAUGCCAUCACUACUCUCAUGUUGGUAGCUUGGCCUUAGAAUAUUCAUACUGUGGAAACUGAUAAAGCAUGUGUCAGAGUUUGAUUUUCUCAGAGAAGCUGUGUAUAUAUAAAGUAUGUGGUAGAUUUAAAAUAUAAACUGCCCCUCUUCGUGUUUUCUGAAAGAAAUAAAUGGCUCUGGCCAUCAUUAUUAAAUUGCCUCUAUAGUUAAGAAGCCAAAGGUUGUUUUGUUGAGCCUUUUAAUUACCUCAGAACUAUCCUGUUCCAAAUGCUACCAGUCUCUUGAUAGCUUGGUCAGUAUAUGCUUCAAGUAACAUUAUUAUAUUUUCUCUCUCUCUCUCUCUCUCUCUCUCUCUCUCUCUCUCUCUCUCUUGGUCAGUAUAUGCUUCAAGUAACAUUAUUAUAUUCUCUCUCUCUCUCUCUCUCUCUCUCUCUCUCUCUCUCUCUCUCACACACACACACACACACACACACACACACACACAUUAUCACAAACUUUUCACUAUUCUGGACCAUGAAUAAGUAUGGCCAUUAUUAUCAAACUACCCAUUUGGUGAGGAAAUCAAAAAGUAUGUUUCUGAGAGUUUUUCUUAGCUACCUCUGUGUCGAUCAUAUAAAUGCUGUUAAUAAAAAUGGUAUUUACAUGACUUGAGUUGUAAAUGUUAAUACUACACUUUACAAAUGUAAAAAUGGUAGUUUAUAAUAAAAUGUUCAUAUUAUACCCAUGG